CAAAAUAAGGUUAUCUCUAGAAGUCUGUCAAACAUUGCAUUUUCAUAUCACAAAAACACAUUUCAUAACCCAUUAAAUGGUAUUAACAAAAGUUUCAUUCAUCACAUAUUGUUAUCAUUUUGGGCCUUAAAUAUCGGCAAUGAAUGGCCUAUCAGUGGCCGAACCCGUGCCCACACGUGAAUCCAAGCUGGAUGUGGAGAAAGUGGUCUGGGUCGUUGUCCUGUUCUCCACUGUCACCAUCCCUUUCAUUAUGACACUCAUCGCACUCAUUCAUAUCGACGACUGUCCGCAUCAAUCCUAUAUCCCGAUUGUGAUCCUAAUGUCUGGCGUAUCGAUGAGCUUAAGUAAUAUCAUAAACACUGCCGACAAGUAUUCGCCGCCCAAACAGUCCAGUUAUAAGCGA